CCCUCCCCCCCUUCCAUCUUCACCCUCUUUCACUUUCUACCCUUCCACAUCCUCCCUCCCCUCCUUCUUUCACUCCCAUCCCAUUCCAUCCCAUCCCAUCCCCUCCCAUCCCAUCCCAUCCCAUCCCAAGUCGCUGGUUUUCAAAGAUCUCGCGCGCGAAUACAAAAUUCCAAUAUCUCCCGACGUGCAUCAACGUCGCCCCCGACACAAUACCCAGCAUUCAACCUGACUGGUUGCCUCAAGAAACCCUCGUGGCCCAAGCCCCCCACCGAUUCAUUCUCCGUCUCAGACACUCCCCUCACAACUCACAACGAACAACUCACAACUCACAACGAAUCCGAUUAUUACGCUGUCCUACCGCAACAUUUCCCAAACAGUAAUCGACUCUGCAUAUGGUCCGAAAGAAGAUACUUUCUCUCAACACUCACCCUCCAUUACCAACAACGAAAGGUCUUCACAGACCCGAAUUAUAACCUGCCGCAAAAGACAUCUUGUCAACCCAAUUCCUCGCCGCGAAAUCAAACCCCCUCCAUACUACAAUUAAGCGUCCGCGCUCCUGCUUUAUUUUCUUUUUGGUCGAAUCUCAGUCUUGCGUCUGACACGGUCGAUCCACAGCCUUCAUUCCUCAGCUGAACCACCUGGCUUGCACCACAUCCAUCUCGCCUUUCGGGAUCUAGACUUAGUGCGCUACAGCACGACCGCACUCCUAUUCUUGCUCAUUGCGCUUGUACGAUAGCACCCUCGGGCUCGCCGCGCUUACUCUGAAACCAAGGCGGACAAAAGAACCACUGCCCCGGUCCUCCAGAGCGGUUCACAAAACUUCGUCGAGCGACACAGGGUGUGAUGGCGACCAUGUUACAGACACUAUCGCGUGCGUCCAGCGCCUCCUCCUCCUUCCAACCCGUCUCGCGCCAAAACACAAUGUCGAGCGUCAACGACGGCAGCCGGUCGGCGAGGCUGUCGAAGAGGUACUCUUCCGUGACCGCACUAUACAUGAGCAUGUCCGCAAAUGAGCGGGAUCUGGAAAUCGAGGAUGACCUGGCGAAGGCGCAGAAGAUUCUGCGCGAACUGAAGUCCAAAAUCUCCUCGCAGUCGAAGAAGAACUUUGUGCUUGAGAAGGACGUCCGAUAUCUGGAUUCGCGCAUCGCGCUCCUGAUUCAGAACCGCAUGGCGCUGGAGGAGCAGAACGAGGUCGCAAGCCAUCUUGAGGAUGCUGGUGAUUUGCAGGAAGGUUUCUUUCCCAACGACGAGAAGACCCAGAAGUAUGGCAACCUGCUGUUCCUGCUUCAGUCUGAGCCCAGGCAUGUUGCUCAUCUUUGCCGGCUUGUCACCAUGGCUGAGAUCGAUGCGCUCCUGCAGACAGUCAUGUUCACAAUCUACGGAAACCAGUAUGAGAGCCGAGAAGAGCAUUUGCUCCUGACUAUGUUCCAGUCCGUUCUAACCUACCAAUUCGAUAAUACCCCUGAAUAUUCGUCUCUGCUUCGUGCCAACACGCCCGUCUCUCGAAUGAUGACCACGUACACUCGGAGAGGUCCAGGACAAAGUUACCUCAAGGCUGUGUUGGCAGAUAGAAUCAACGGUCUCAUUGACCUGAGAGAUCUCGAUUUGGAAAUCAACCCCCUAAAGGUCUAUGAGAAGAUGAUUGAGCAGAUUGAGGAAGAACACAACAAGCUGCCAGAUAACUUACCCAGAGGUGUGACUGCGGAGCAGGCUGCGGAGAACCCACAGGUUCAAGCCAUCAUCGAACCUCGUCUUGGUAUGCUGAUGGAAAUCGCCAAUGGGUUCCUCACCACGAUCAUCGAUGGACUUGAAGAGACCCCUUACGGUAUUAGAUGGAUCUGCAAGCAGAUUCGCAGUCUCACAAAGAGAAAGUACCCGGCUGCCAACGACCAGAUUAUCUGCACGCUCAUCGGUGGAUUCUUCUUCCUGCGCUUCAUCAACCCCGCAAUUGUCACCCCGAAGUCAUAUAUGUUGAUCGACGGGACACCUGCGGAGAAGCCCAGGCGGACUUUGACCCUUAUCGCCAAGAUGCUUCAGAACUUGGCCAACAAGCCAUCCUACGGCAAGGAGCCAUACAUGGCAAAGCUGCAGCCAUUCAUCCAGGGGAACAAGGAGCGCAUCAACAAGUUCAUGCUUGACUUGUGCGAGGUCCAGGACUUCUACGAGAGUUUGGAGAUGGACAACUACGUUGCUCUGUCAAAGAAGGAUCUCGAGUUAUCCAUCACACUGAACGAGGUUUACGCCACGCACACCCUCCUCGACAAGCAUCGCGUGGAGCUGAACAAGGAUGACAACUCCCAUCUGGCAGUUAUUCUUGCUGAGCUCGGCCCAGCACCAGCACAACUUCCUCGCAAGGACAACAGAGCCAUCAACCUGCCGCUUUUCAGCAAAUGGGAGACUGCCAUCGAUGACCUCACAGCUGCGCUCGAUAUCACUCAGGAAGAGGUCUUCUUCAUGGAGGCAAAGUCAACCUUUGUACAGAUCAUGCGCUCGAUACCUGGAGACCCACACGUAGCAAGCCGCCCGCUGCGUCUCGAGAAAGUCGCUGAUGCAGCAGCGACCUCGCGGAACGAUGCUGUCAUGGUCCGCAAGGGGAUUCGCGCCAUGGAGCUCUUGUCCCAGCUACAAGAGAUGCACGUCAUUGAUAGGGGAGAUGGCUUUGCGACCCUCCGUGAUGAGAUUGAGCAGGAAUUACACCAUCUCGGCUCUUUGAAGGAUGGAGUUGUUCUGGAGACGCAGAAACUCGAUGAGGUCUUCAAGACUAUCCGUGACCACAACACCUAUCUCGUGAACCAGCUGGAGACAUACAAGAGCUACCUGCACAAUGUUCGAGGUCAGGCGGAAGGCACCCGCAGGAAGCAGCAGCAGCAGAAGGUCCUGGGACCGUAUAAGUUCACGCACCAACAGCUCGAGAAGGAAGGUGUCAUCCAAAAGAGCAAUGUGCCAGACAAUCGGAGGGCAAACAUCUACUUCAACUUCACGAGUCCGUUACCUGGAACGUUUGUUAUAAGUUUGCAUUACAAGGGACGCAACCGUGGACUGUUAGAGCUUGACCUGAAGCUUGACGAUCUCCUCGAGAUGCAGAAAGACGGCCAAGAGGAACUCGACCUCGAAUACGUCCAAUUCAACGUCCCCAAGGUCCUCGCGCUCCUCAACAAGCGCUUCACCAGAAAGAAGGGGUGGUAAGGAACGCCGCAUGUGCCAUCGUCCGAACGCAACUGGAAUAUGAAUGAUAUCACCUCAAUAUCCCGCUCUAUUUACCCGGUCGCCCACCACCACCGACCAAGUACUUAUACUAAUAUAUACAAAAUGAUAUCCUAUCAAUACCCCCAAAUUGGAGUGUGUACGAUCAAUGAUAGCGAACAGAGCGAAAACCAAACCGCAUGCGAAUUCUAACUUCCGUCUUCUCUCGCGCGUCGUCUCUUUCUUAUCGUCGGAGCUGUUUUUUCUACGUUGGAGUUCUGGGGUUUUCUGCUGUACUGUGAUAUCUUUUCUGAGAUAUCUGGCUCAACGGUGCUCUCCGCAUCAGUUUAAUGUCCGUGGGCGGGGCCGAUGGCUGGUCCAGAGGCUGGGCAGCGUUGACCAGGGGACGGUUAAACUGUGGUUUUAUGUAUGUUGGGAUUUGGCUACGAUGGGGAUUGGGGGAGAGACGUUCAUAAGGGG